GGUGCACCUGACCGUGAACAGAGACAAGCGCAUCAUUCCUGUUUUAAAACAUUUCAGCGCCUGACAAAGACAAUGGAUUUUAAAGGUGACAUUCAUACAAAUGGAGCUCCUAAGUCUGGCCAGGACAAUCUUUUAAAGAAAGAUAAUAUGCCUACCCUAGAGGCAAGAAGUUUUGACAUUAAAGUUGGUAACCCCAUUGAUAAACUUGAUGGGAAAAAAGAAGGACAGAUUGGGAGUCAGUGCCAAGGGUCUCUGGCAGAAAAAGGCUUUGGUCAGAUCUGUAACACUGACGUGUUUGGUUUCACCCAGCAAGGAAUGAAUACAACUGCUAAUAUGAAUGUGGCCCCCUUUCAGUCCACUAAACCUCCCACAAUGGAUGAAUCUCAGAAGACAUCUAUCCUACAUGCUAAUGAACCACCAAAACCUUUCCUGGCCCCCAGUAAACCAUCUGACACAAUCACUCACAAUAUCUUGGACAAACCUGCAGGUCAGGCCAUGCACACCCAUUCUCUCAACAAGGCAGAGCAGAGUCCCUCAGAACAUUUGGGUUAUCAAGGGUUUCUGCAUAAAGAUGCCACAUCAGAUGAAGGGCCCAAUGAGGCUAUACAGCAGAAGAGGAAAAAAAGUGAAACUAGUGAAGAGGCAUGUGGUCUCCUGGAAAGCCUCAGAUCUCCUGAGAAAACCAAAUCAAAAAGCUCUAGCCAAGAAGACUGUUCACCCCCUGGUAAUGGUGAGACCUGGAAGAGUGAAAUUCGAGAGUGGGGUGGUGGACGGAUCCAGGCAAAGAAAAGUAAGAGCAGAAUGAAGCUCCCUGAUGAGUGGGCCAGUUUACCAAAUACAGGGAGCCCCUCGCUUCCUCCUGACCCAAAUACAGCAAAGGAUAUAGACAGGGAAAUGCUUGUUCCUGACAUGUAUGAGGCCAAAAACCCUUCUAGUACUUUUGUUGAAGAAGAAAGUUUAUUACCUUCUUUCACAACUGCACUUCAGUCGGCCAUCCCAGCAACAAUAAGUCAGGGGAAUGCCAGCUUACUUUCUGACAACCAUGGUCUAUCCCAGAGCAAUCAAGUGUUGACCCCGAAUUUCACCUCUGACUUUGAAACUACUGUACAUGCCAUCUCUAGCCCACAUGCAGACUCCAAAACAUUCAAGAACAACUCAUCUGUAAGUGAUCCCUCCCCAUCAGACACUUCCAGCACUGUAGUAAGCCAAAAUCCUGCAGAUCCUGCUCCCCAAACAAAGCAUCAGGAACCACCACUGGCAAAGUCCCACCAAGUGAAAGAAGAAAACAUUGCUAAAGAGAAGACAGAGAAAAUUGAUGCUUCGUCUAAGACACUUGUAAAAGUAGACAAGCUUGAAAACACAGAAAAGACUGACAUCAAGAACGUGGACAAUAGACAGGUAGAGAAACAGGACUCUCAAACUGAGAAGAAUGGAAAAGAUAAGAAAAAGGAUAAUAUUGAAGAGACAAAAAAGGAAGUAAAGGAAGAGAAGAAGAAUGGCAGUGAAAAAGUGGACAAGACAGUCAAGAAUGAGAAGAAUGUGAAGGCUGCCAAAGAGACCAGCAAACCCACUGCAGCAAAUGAAACUAAAGAUUUGAUCAGUCCUGAUAAAGUCAAGUCAAAUAAACAAAAUUCAGCAAAACCAAGCUCACAUUCCACUGGAGAAAAUUCUGGUUCAGCAAAUAAAAAAGGCCCUGUGGCUAAAAAAACAUCUCCAACUGGCACCAAGAAGCCUGCUGGCAUUCCUUCUACCUAUGAGGCAAAGACACCUGAGAACAGUACACUGACCCAGAGGAAGCCUCCAGUUCCAAAGUUUAAUGGGGCAUCAGCUCCAAAAGCUUCUUCUGGCACCAAGACCAGUAACUUCUCAGUUAAACCCCUAAAAACGACUCCUACAAAUGCAACCAGUGCACCAGCAACACAAGCUAAGGAUGGGACCUCAGCCUCUCGGGCCUCCCGUAUCACCAAACCUCCUGUGCCCAAGCAAGUACCCCUGCCAAAGAAGCCCCCAGUUCCACGAGCACCGCGCAGUGCUCGGAUUCCUACCACACCCCUGCCUGAUCUAAAGAAUGUGUCCUCAAAGAUUGGCUCCACAGACAACAUGAAGUACCAGCCUGGUGGAGGCAAGGUUCAACUAGUACACAAGAAAAUGGACUUCAGCCACAUUACCUCCCGCUGUGGAUCCAGGGACAACAUCAAGCAUGUCCCCGGAGGAGGAAACGUUCAGAUUCUGAACAAAAAAGUUGAUUUAAGCAAAGUGACCCAAAAAUGUGGCUCCAAGGACAACAUUAACCACAAGCCAGGUGGUUGUAAUGUAAAGAUUGAAUCUGAGAAGAGCAAGUCCAAAACAGGAUCAAUGGACAAUGUUGGACAAGAGCUAGGUGGUGACCACGCUGAGGUUGUAAAGGUUCAACAGAAAUCGGAAGGAAGCCCCCCUGCUCCUGAAAACCCACCAAUUCAGACCAAUGAAGGGAUGAAAGAGAAGGGUCUAAAAGAGAGCUCUCCUGUACCCCCAGCUGUACCCUGUGAAGGACAGGGACUCUCGAUUUCUCAAAGUCAAGCCAAACACAUCCCUGCCAUAAACUGAAUCCUACAGGCUGAGCUUCCAAGGGGAGCUUACACAAAACCGUGGCACCAGUAUCAUCUCCUGGUCCCUUCCUGAGUGGCAACCACCUUUCACCCACAAUGAAUUCGCAGUAUUUCUCUGAGGUCUAGUCUCCUUCCUCUUAACCUAGCCUGUUGCAUAUAGUAGCCUGGGAAUGGGCUUGAAACCAGCACACUAGCGCAACAAAAGCCGAACCUUUUAACACAUCACCUAUAUAUCACCUUUCUCUCUCACCGUUAUCAUCUACUUUUCUUUUUCCUCAGAUACAUACAGAUUUUAUCUCAAUUCAAGGCUUCGGCAGGGUUUCAGAGCUAGCUUGGUUUCAGUGUGCAGUGCCUGAUGGAAGCCAUAUUAGCCUCAUACUGCUAACUACAUAGAAACAUGCUUACUUCUUCUUUUCUUCCCGUUUAAGAAAUGAAAUUCAAGGGUCAAAAUAAUCAAAAGUUAUGGUAUCAAGUGGAGGAAUCUUACAAUAGAAAUGAUGCCUUGCCCAACAUUAAAUUUAAUUUAGCAAAAAUAACGAUGGCAAAAUAUAUGAAAUGGCCUAUGAAUGUGAAUCUACCAGACUAAAAUGAGCUAAACCAGACUAAAAUUACCAGAAUAUUAAUCAAUUAUAUUAACACCCCAGGUUUACACUGAGCCAGGAUUUUCUAUGGCUGCCCAUUGCCCAAUGUAAACUCCCAUGCAGUCACUAAGGAGCCUGUAUUGUACCUGUCCAAGUAUGCUAAAGUAAAUGUUUGCCCCAUCCAAAAUGAGGAAAUCAUACCACUCAAAUUUUGGACCAGUGAGACAGGUGCACUUUUACUAUGUGUUUACAUUAUUUUAAUAACAAUCCAUAAUUUUAUGCCAAAAUGUUUGGAAAUUUCUAAACAGAAAGGCAUUUCUCUUUACAACAUGAACAUAUUUACUGUAGUGCAGUGCAGUGAAAAAAAAAAUUCACAUACAGCAGGCAAAUACUUUAAUAUUGCUCAAUGAGAAUACAAAAUCAGUACUUCCCCUGUUGAGGUGAAAGAUCCACGAUAAUUUAAGUGCAGAAUCUGAAUAUUUUGAAUAUAAAGUAUUUGAAUAUAUUUCAUUUUCAUAUCAAAAGCCUAACAUUUAUUUUACCCAGUGUAGUUAAAAGAGUCAUGACCUCAUAGACUCAAAGUCAUGAACUCUUCAGUGAAAGUCUUUUUUAAAAUAGGACACAAUACGCUAUGAAGCACAAUAUGGAGUUAUGAAAUAAUAGACAUUUGGGAGAAAGUCCAUGGCUGACACGUUACCAUCGUCAGACAAUAUUUCUGCGCUAACCCCCUUUCUCCUCCCCACUUUUCAGCCAACCCCUACACAAAAGGGGCCUAGCAAUCUAGAGCAAAGCAGAAUAGCAAGUUCUCAAAGUUCUCCCAACUUCUACACUUCACUCAGUGGGAGGGUCCAUGUCACUUAGUUGAGGGUGUGAUCUGCACUCGCAAAAUUAAACAUGUGAUUAAAAAUCUCUUUCUUCACAAUGUGUAAUAUACUUUAUCUGGAUACAGUAUAAACAUCUAACGAAAUAAAUCAGUCCAGUAAAUGUGAAUUCUGCGUGAAUGUUCAGGCCUUGCACAAAGGACUCACUAUAAAGAUAUGUGUAUUAUUUAAUGUUUGUGAGAAAGCCUGUGGAUAUAAUUAGCAACAUUAAUAUUUAGUACUACGUGUACAUGCCUUUGUGCCUAGUGUGUGUGCACAGUGUGUGUACAGUGUGCAGUGGUCACAUGUAUUCAUGCAUGCAGCCAUGCUAUCUUUAUGAAUGGUCUCAUGAAUAAUGUCUUGUAAAAGAGGUAAUAUAAUAGCUGCACCUCAACAACACAUACACAUAAAGCAUUUGGUAUAUAGUUCCACUGACUGGCAAAAUACAAUGAAAAGGGUUUACUGUAUGUACUUUACACUAUUUUUCGUAUUAAUGAAACUGAAUACUUGUGCAACUUUUCUGUGUGUUUUUGGCUGAAUGGAUGCAUUACCACUAGAAGGCUGCCGAAAAAAUUCAAGGCAGUGUAUUGUUUUGAAUAUGUGUAGUAGAUACGACAAGACAAUCCAUUUUUUGGUAUUUUGUAAUGUGUUUUGUAGAUCAGCAUGCUUAGCAAACGUAAAAAAGCAAUAAUUUGUGUGCUUUAGAACGAACAUUUAUCACAAUUUAUUUGCCUCUUACUUUAAUAUUAUACAUUAAAUACAAAAACACUAACUCUCCAUAUGUUUAAAAUAAGCGCUUUUAAGCAGCACAACUCGAGAAUAACAUACACGUCCUGCUCUCUUCCUGAAAUACUGUUAUUUUGUUUGUUUGUAGACAGUUUAAGUGCUAUUGCUUUGCUUAUUCAGUCCUGAAAGCACAACAAAACAGUGAGGCACAGAAUUAAGACAGUGAUGAGUUACACAUUACUUCAUAAAUAUUCUGUGUAAACUUUGAUCAUUAAGUUAUAUUUGAAUCUGUUACAAAAACCUAAGCUUUGCUUUAGUAUAAGAAAUCAGGCAUGAUCUGUGUAAAUGUUUGAUGCAUUUUGAUAUAUUUCCUGUCAUUUUUUUUAAUCUCCUCUUCAACUGAGUUUACUUUAUUUAGUUGGGCCUAGUUUUCCAUUUCACCUACAAUAAUCGAACAAACCCACAAAUUCCCUUUGAGAUCGUCAGUUUGUGAUAUGUGAGUGUCACUGGUUAUGGAUGGACAUGUGCCCAUAAUUGGGAUCCUGUUUUCAAAUAUAUUCAUUUAUGAUAUAUUCACACCACUUAUUUAUACUGUACCGUGCUAUUGGUAAUUGAGAUACAUUUUUUCCCCAACCUGAGUGUAAUGCUGUUCAUUUGUGGCAGGUGAUUCUGACAAAUAGGAUAUAGCUAUAAGGACCAAGCAUUUUUCAGUAUAGCACAGCACCAGUUCCAGUUUUUGCACCCCUUGCCUCCAAGUUGUGCAUGUUGGGGUUUCUUUUGUUGAAUGAAUUGUAUUGUGUUUAGUAAAUGAUCAUUUCAGUGUUCCAACAGGGAUGUCAAAAGAAAAUGUUGUGUGUACAGCAGAAUAUGCAGCAGAAUAUGCUCAAGGCAUACAGAUUACUGACAAUUUAAAAUAUAAUUGAGUGGAGGAAAGGUGCACUUCUGAAAUAGAUAACCUUAAACAUUAUACAGCAAUAAUAAUAAUGAUACACGAUUUUGUCCCAGUUUGGAAUGUAAUUAAAUCGUUCACUAUAUGAUAAAAUACAGACACCUUACACAUGCAUGAUAAGGGUUACAGCAUAUUCCUCUUUUAAUAUCCACUCACCUGUUUAAAGGGGAACAUAUUAGGACUUAUGACAGGAAGAUGUGUCCUUGAGUGUCCUUUACAAAGCAGAUGGAGAAAUAUAGAGUAAAACUCAUCUUGAAGCCCAAGAAAUUUGGUUGCCAUCACCUGAUGCUUCUGAUGCAUAGAGUUUAAAGGUAUCAGUCAGUCAUUGUUGUCUGUGAUAUAAAACCAUGUGUCUCACAGUGGUUUAAGUAUAAAACAGUGGCAUUAGGCAGCUCCAGUAUGUGUAUGGGCUCGGUGUGUUUACUCACUAGUUAACUCUCAAUUUAAAAUGAGCUUUAGACAUCAGUCUUGUGCUGGGUGUAUUGAUUUGCCUAUUACAGUA